AUGAACGAUCUCACUUCAGCAAUGGAUGAGUGGUCCUUUAACGUAAGGGAUCAGGCACUUGGCGACAAGACGGGUACCGACGACGUCUUUUCCGGUAGCUUUUUCUUGGAAGAAGACAAACCUGGACAUGAGAAACAAGUUCGAAGGAGCGCUCGGCUUUCAUCACGUAAGAAAAAAGGCGUGAAAUUUCUCGUGGAAAAAGAAGCCGAGAAAACUCCACGACCACCGGCAAAGAAGAAGCCCAAGCAGGAUCUUCCAGUUCCAAAAAUCGAGGAAUCGGAGGAAAAACCAAAGAAAGCCGCUCAUGUCGCGGCUAAGAAGGUGGAACCAGUGCGGGCUACUACCAAGGCAGCGACGAAAAAGGUGGAGAAAACUGAGGCACCGAAGCCCUCUACUGCUUCUCUUCCCAAGCCGGUGGUGAAGGGAAGAAAAACAGAGACGGAUCUAGGCGAGUUCUUCAAGUAUAAGAACGAUAAGGGCAAGGUUCGACGCAGUACGACGAAUCCACAGCCCUUUAGUUUCAUGGUACGCGAAGAACAGAAGAAGAAAGCACGGGAGGCUGCGAAGCAGGCAUCAGCUGCUAAUGUGUACAAGGACGACGAGUUAGAGUUCACCUCUAAGCCGGCCGUCCGAACAACCACUGCUGCAACUGUUAACCGUCUUGCUCAGCCAAAGAAAGUAGCGGCUCCCGUCGACGAUGAAAAGAAAGAAGCACGACGCAUUGCCAAGGCGAGACGAACUACUCGAGCGCUUUCGCCGAAAUUUCGCACAGCUGCGCGCGCUGCUUCGCGAAAGUUCUCCACAACGGAAAAUAAACCAGCUGAAGGAACUGAAAAGGAGGAACCCAAGAAGAAUAACACCGAGCGCAAGCCCUUCAAGCCAACGGUCGCAAAGUCGCCAAACUUCCACUACACAGCACGCGCUAAGAAGCGAGCCUUGGCCGAGCAGAACUGA